UGCGCAUGCUCACAUCAUAUAUUUAUUAAAUCUUUUCCUGCAAGUGCCGUUGGUAUGCCGAACCUCGGAGACGUUUUUCCUGAUUUCACCGCCGAUUCGACGAGCGGCCCGAUUAAAUUCCACGAGUGGCUUGGAGACAGCUGGGGAAUCUUCUUCUCUCAUCCGGCCGACUACACACCAGUGUGUACAACAGAGCUGGGACAUGUGGCCAGCAUUAUGCCUGAAUUCCAGAAGAGAGGCCUCAAGGCCAUCGCCAUCUCAUGCAACAAAGUGGAUGACCACAAGGGCUGGAUCAAGGAUAUUCAGGAUUAUUCCAAGUUGGGUGACACGUGGCCUUAUCCGAUUGUUGCUGAUCCCAACAGGGAGUUGGCAGUGAAGUUGGGCAUGUUGGAUCCAGCCGAGAAAGAUAAAGCUGGUUUGCCACUUACAGCACGUGCGGUGUUUAUAAUUGGUCCUGAUAAGAAGCUGAAGUUGUCUCUUCUCUAUCCGGCAACGACUGGAAGAAACUUCACUGAGAUACUACGAGUCAUCGAUUCCUUGAAACUGACAGCUGAGAAGAAAGUCGCCACACCUGCCAACUGGAAGCAAGGGGAACGCUGCAUGGUGCUACCAACUGUGAAACCCGAUGAGUGUUCGACUCUAUUUCCCAAGGGAGUCAACACUGUAGCAAUGCCGUCGGGAAAGGGCUACAUGCGAUUCACUCCACAGCCUGACUAGACGGAUGCCGAGUCGUCUGACAGUUUGCAUGAAGGACAAAGGCACAUGAAUGUCGUAAUGGCUUGUCUGUAUUGCCAUAUGUAGUGUUGGUAUAUGUGGUGAGUUAUUUAAUAAUGAUUUGUUGGAAUUCUUGUGCUGAAA